AUGUUUCUGUCCAGAAAAGGCUUGUGGUUCUCCUUCAGUGUUUUACUUAUAUAUACAUCUAUCGUGUGUGUGAAUUCUACCAAACAAGACAAUGACGCGAUAGGAAAUGCAUUCGGAAGCCUGUUUAAAGCAAUACUCAACGUCGUAAGGUCACAAUUCGAAGCAACAAAGGAUUUUGUUCCUGGACUCGAUACGGCUGGAGGAUCCACAAAUCUCACGACUCAGAAUGCUGGAGUAAAUGACAUUGGGGAUCAGACGAAUCAUGACACCAAGGUUGGCAUGAAGGUAGACAUGAAAUCGAAGAAAAUCUUUUUCAAUGACGAUGUUAAGCAUUCUACAGAGAGUCCAUCUAUCGACGAGGAAGCUCUGUCGCCUCCAACAGUCAUGGGAGAUCAUGGAACCACCGAUGAAUCCCAGGACAGUGCAACUAAUGUGCCUGGUCCAGAAUACCAGGAAAGUCAUCAGGAUCAAACCUCAGAUCAGAGAACUGGGGACGAAAGUCAAAUCGGUUCAACAACACAAAGCACACAGGAUAACUACCAGUCAUCAGAUACUGGGGAUGCCUUCGGGAAUAGUAAAAUUCCGGAUGUUUCUUUCUCGGGUGGGAAAUCUUUGUCAUCAAGCGACGGUCUCCCAGGCCAGGUACAUGGACCGGAUAAGUGGCCAUUCCAGCCUGAUGUUAAAGACAUGUUAGGAGUUCUUGGAAAGGAAAUAACUGAACCAGUCGAAGUGUUUGGAGGAAAGCAUGAAAUAGAUCAAGCAGGGUUUGUUCUUGCAAACAACAUGACCGAAAUUUCCAUGCCAACGAAUGAGUCGUCACCCAGCCACACAGCCGUGGAAUCCACAGAUUCACCAAAUAUCCAACAGCCAGGUCAGGAAGCGGAAAACGGAGCGCCGAUUCAAGGGACUGGACAACCCAACACAUUGUCAGAUAACGUUGAUAACACAGCGAAGGAGUCUGGAGGAUUCGAUGGCGAAAACCCAUUACUGCAUCUACAGGAAUUACAAACAGGAGUCGAGGAAGAAGUAUGGCCAAUUGAGCAAAACGUGGGUGAUAUGAUUCAGACUGUAGAGACAGAACUGGUUCAGCAUGGAAUGUCUUCUCCAGCUGGUAAGGGACAAGGACAAGGUCACGAUUACAUUGGUGGUCUGGAACCUAACGGUGGACCACUAACAGAAUCUAAUCUAUCUGCUGACAAAGAAAACGUUGAAACAACUGAGCAGGCUAAUGGUGAUGAUAGCGACGUAAAACUCGAGACAAAACCUCUUGUUGUCAGCGAAGGAAGUGAUCUUGAUCAGAACUCUCAUAACACAGGAGGUACGAAAGGCACACAAAAGUCUGACGAUUCCAAUACUCUUCUGCGGUUAGUGAAUACUAUAUAA